AUGGGAGAGAUCAGGUCCCCCGUGAGCUCCUCUCUGCCGGCGCCAGCCGGAGAAGCGACAUCGGAGUCAUUCCGGCGGCAAAAGCUGGGAAUAUACUUCGCGGAGAGCGACGAAAGGAAAACCCAUCUGGGAAUCUUCAGCUCCCACCUGGGGACUACACCAGUCGAUAUCCGUGGGAGGCCCAUCGAGGAUCUCUCGAAGACGGGCGGUUGGACCGCCGCGUUCUUCAUCUUCGGUCCGUUGACUCUCCAUCUUGAAGCAUCCGAUGUCUUCUUUUCUCGUCUCGUACCCAGAGAAGCUUGCUCUUGAUGCAUAACUCUUCAACCCCCAAAUGUCGGCCCUGGUUUCCUAGAAGAGUAUUACCAAGUACCUCAGUGUUCUUCAGAGGGGAAAUCCCACGUCUCAUGAAGAAUACCAGUCCCAGUUCCAGUUCCCUCCCUACGUAUCAAGCUUCCACACUCUCUUUCCUCCCUAUCUUCUCUGAUAGUUUUAAGCAUUCUGUUUGGCCAUGAAUUUCCUGUCCGUUUUCGUAUAUGCUUUUCACGGAGAAUCUCGAGAGUUUGAUAUUCUGUUGCCUUUUCUACAACAUCCGACGAUUAAUUUUCACGUAUUUUCUUUCUUGAAUGAGAACACACCCACCCAUCUCGCAAGACUGAUUCAGGAUCCAAUCCCCUGAAGAAUUUCGCGCACAUGGUUGUAGGAAAUGAAGUGGCGGAGCGAUUAGCCUAUUUUGGGCUCUCGGUGAACAUGGUGGCAUUUAUGUUUUAUGUCAUGCAUCGGCCUUUCACAAGCGCAGCAAACGCGGUGAACACCUUCCUCGGCAUCUCGCAGGCAUCAUCUGUAAUCGGGGGCUUUCUUGCCGACGCUUAUCUUGGCAGAUACUGGACGAUUGGCAUCUUUUCCACCAUCUAUCUUAUUGUAAGUGGUGGCCUCCUUUCGGCGUUUAAUGCGUUUCUUGUCUUUCAAACAACAAUGGGGCCCAGAUAAACUUGCUCCCGCCCGUGAUCUUUAUUUUCCAGCGGGAUCUGCUUCAAGUUUUUUUUCUUUCUCAGCUCUGACCAUUUAUUUUGCUCCACCUUACGCAUGCAACUACGGAGAUCACUCCUUCAUUUUUCCUUUCCCUGAUAUUUUAUUUCCAAAACGUUUGAAGGGUCUGAUAGGAAUCACGAUAUGCGCGUCGAUGGGCACCUUUCUUCCGGAUCAAACUCACUGCGAUCAGCUGUCCCUUCUCUUGGGCAUGUGUGAGCAGGCAAAACCAUGGCAGAUGGGGUACUUGUACGUCGUCCUCUACAUAACCUCUUUUGGGUCUGCUGGAAUAAGGCCCUGUGUUUCCUCUUUCGGCGCCGAUCAGUUUGACGAACGGGACAAGGAUUACAAGGCCCUCCUGGACCGGUUCUUCAAUUUCUUCUACCUCUCCGUCACAAUUGGAGCAAUCGCCGCCUUCACCUUGGUAGUCUACGUUCAAAUUGAGCGCGGAUGGGCCUAUGCCUUUGGCCUGAUGGCGCUGGCCAUGGGCGUCUCCAACGCAUUGUUCUUCGCCGGGACUCCUCUGUACCGGCACCGACUUCCCGGAGGCAGCCCCUCUGACCCGCGUCGCCCAAGUUCUCGUCGCAGCCUUUCGGAAGAGGAGCGAGCCAUUCUCAAGCAGCAAAUUCGUCGGCCUCUACGAACUCCCCGGCGAACAGUCCGCCAUUAAAGGCAGCGGGAAGAUAGACCAUACCGACGAUUUCAGGUGCACUACCGUGCCGAAGAAAUCGUUCAAGCUUCGAUCUUUUCCAUUUUAUUUGUCUGGAGAGAACCCUAGUUGAUGAUAAUACUUAGCUGGUUGGGCUGUGCAGAUGGCUGGACAAGGCGGCGCUGCAGCUGGACGAUGGGCCUGAACCGAGCCCCUGGAGGCUAUGCACGGUGACCCAGGUCGAGGAGGUCAAGAUCCUGCUGAGGCUUCUCCCCAUACCUGCAUUCACCAUAAUGCUCAGCGUCAUCUUCACCGAGUUUCUGACCCUGUCGAUCCAGCAAGCGUACACCCUGAACACCCACAUGGGCGGGCUGAAGCUCCCCGUGACGUGCAUCCCUGUCUUCCCCGCGUUGAGCAUCUUCCUCCUCUUGUCCCUCUACUACUCCACCUUCGCUCCUCUCUCGCGGCGCAUCACGGGUCACCCUCAGGGGGCCUCGCAGCUCCAGAGGGUCGGCCUGGGCCUGGGCAUAUCGAUCCUCUCUGUGGCCGUCGCAGGAGUUUUCGAGAGGUACAGGAGGGAGUUCGCCAUUAGACAUGGGUACCAGUCCAUCUUCUUGACUGCCAUGCCGGAUCUGACCGUCUUCUGGUUGCUGAUCCCCUACUGCCUCAUUGGGUUAGCCGAGGUUUUUGCCAUAGUAGGGCUUCUGGAGUUCCUCUACCAGGAAGCUCCCGACGCCAUGAAGAGCAUCGGGUCGUCUUACGCCGCUGUGGCCGGAGGACUGGGCUGCUUCUGCGCCACUCUCUUGAAUAAAAUCGUGAAGUCGCUCACCGGGAACGACGCCGGCGGGCGGCCUUCGUGGCUCUCCCAGAACAUAAAUACCGGGAGAUUCGACUACUUCUACUGGCUGCUGUCGUUCUUGAGUUUUCUCAAUUUCUGUGGCUUCAUAUUUUGCGCUCAGAGAUACAAGUACAGGAGGACCCGGACCCCUUCUGCAAUGGAGCUCUUCAACACGAGCAAGACUGCGGGACACGGCUAG